GCCGCGGCGGGCGGGAGCAGAGCCGGCCUCGGAGCGGAGUGGGACUGCGCGCCCUCGGGAACCCCCCACCCCCACCCCCUUGGAGCCAUGGGCUCCUUAUUCCGGAGCGAGGAAGUGGCCCUGGUCCAGCUGUUCCUGCCCACGGCUGCCGCCUACACCUGUGUGAGCCAGCUGGGCGAGCUGGGCCUCGUGGAGUUCAGAGACCUCAACGCAUCAGUGAGCGCUUUCCAGAGACACUUCGUGGUAGAUGUCCGACGAUGCGAGGAACUGGAGAAGACCUUCACCUUCCUGCAGGAGGAGGUGCGCAGGGCUGGCGUGGCGCUGCCCCAGGCGGAGGGCCGGCUGCCGGCACCUUCGCCCCCAGACCUGCUGCGCAUCCAGGAGGAGACAGAGCGCCUGGCCCAGGAGCUGCGGGACGUGCGGGGCAACCAGCAGGCACUGCGAGCCCAGCUGCACCAGCUGCAGCUCCACACCGCCGUGCUGAGCCAGAGCCACAGCCCCAUGCCAGCAGCUGCUCACACCGAUGGGCCCUCCUCGGAGAAGACCCCCCUGCUCCUGUCCGCCGCGGGGCCACACCAGGACCUGAGGGUCAACUUUGUGGCAGGUGCUGUGGCGCCCCACAAGGCCGCCGCCCUGGAGCGCCUGCUCUGGAGAGCCUGCCGCGGCUUCCUCAUCGCCAGCUUCCAGGAGACUGAGCAGCCGCUGGAGGACCCCGUGACGGGUGAGCCUGCGACAUGGAUGACCUUCGUCAUCUCCUACUGGGGCGAGCAGAUUGGGCAGAAGAUCCGCAAGAUCACAGACUGCUUCCACUGCCAUGUCUUCCCAUUCCUGGAGCAGGAGGAAGCCCGGCGUGGCGCUCUGCAGCAGCUACAACAGCAGAGCCAGGAGCUGCAGGAGGUCCUGGGGGAGACCGAGCGGUUCCUGAGCCAGGUGCUGAGCCGUGUACAGCAGCUGCUGCCACCCUGGCAGGUGCAAAUCCACAAGAUGAAGGCUGUGUACCUGAUGCUGAACCAGUGCAGCGUGAGCACCACGCACAAGUGCCUCAUCGCCGAGGUGUGGUGUGCCACGCGGGACCUGCCUGCCCUGCAGCAGGCGCUGCAGGAGAGCUCUAGCGAGGAAGGAGUGAGCGCCGUAGCUCACCGUAUCCCCUGCCGGGAGCUGCCCCCAACCCUCAUCCGCACCAACCGCUUCACCGCCAGCUUCCAGGGCAUCGUGGACGCCUACGGUGUGGGCCGCUACCAGGAGGUCAACCCCGCGCCCUACACCAUCGUCACCUUCCCCUUCCUCUUCGCUGUGAUGUUCGGUGAUGUCGGCCACGGUCUGCUCAUGUUCCUCUUCGCCCUGGUCAUGGUGCUUGCUGAAGACCGGCCAGCCAUGAAGGCCACACAGAAUGAGAUCUGGCAGACCUUCUUUGGGGGCCGCUACCUGCUCCUGCUCAUGGGCCUGUUCUCCAUCUACACCGGCUUCAUCUACAACGAGUGCUUCAGCCGUGCCACCACCAUCUUCCCCUCGGGCUGGAGCGUGGCCGCCAUGGUCAACCAGUCAGAAUGGAGUGACCAGUUCCUGUCUCAGAACCCGCUGCUCACCUUGAACCCCAACAUCACCGGCGUCUUCCUGGGGCCCUACCCUUUUGGCAUCGACCCCAUCUGGAGCCUGGCUACCAACCACCUGAGCUUCCUCAACUCCUUCAAGAUGAAGAUGUCUGUCAUCCUGGGCGUCACCCACAUGGCCUUUGGGGUGUUCUUGGGAAUCUUCAACCACAUGCACUUUGGCCAGGCCCACCGGCUACUGCUGGAGACUCUGCCCGAGCUCAUCUUCCUGCUGGGCCUCUUCGGCUACCUGGUCUUCCUGGUCAUCUACAAGUGGCUGCGGGUCACGGCCGCGGAGGCCGCCUCGGCGCCCAGCAUCCUCAUCCAUUUCAUCAACAUGUUCCUCUUCGCUCGCAGCCCCACCAACCGGCCGCUCUUCUCAGGGCAGGAAGCAGUCCAGUAUGUGCUGGUGGUCUUGGCCUUAGCCACAGUGCCCGUCCUGCUCCUAGGCACACCCCUGUACCUGCUACACCAGCAUCGCCGCCGCCGCCGCCGCUCUCAGAGGAAGCCUGCGGGUCAACAGGGUGAGGACAAGGCUGGGCUUCUGGAUUCUCCUGAGGCCGCCCCCUCUGAGAGCGGCUGGGGCUCCGACGAGGAGCAGGCCGGGGGCCCAGGCGAGGAAGAGACCGAGUGUGUCCCCUCUGAGGUCUUCAUGCACCAGGCCAUCCACACCAUUGAGUUCUGCCUGGGCUGCAUCUCUAACACGGCCUCCUACCUGCGCCUCUGGGCCCUGAGUCUGGCCCAUGCCCAGCUGUCGGAGGUCCUGUGGGCCAUGGUGAUGCGUGUGGGCCUGAGCAUGGGCCAGAAGGUGGGUGUGGCGGCUGUGGUGCUGGUCCCCGUCUUCGCGGCCUUCGCUGUGCUGACAGUGGCCAUCCUGCUGGUGAUGGAGGGGCUCUCGGCCUUCCUGCACGCUCUGCGGCUGCACUGGGUGGAGUUCCAGAACAAGUUCUACGUGGGCACUGGCUAUAAACUGAGCCCCUUUUCUUUCACCGUGGAGGAUGAGUAGCGCCCGCUGAAGCUGGCACGUCUCCAGUCCCGGCCGCCCAGAGCAGAAGCAAUAAAGAGCUGGCAGGCCUGGGAA